AUGAAAUUUCUGCGAUGUGAGUCAUUCUUCACACAUAAUCCAAAUGAAUUAAGAAUAUUUAUCGAUAAAACACUUUGUAAAAAUAGGAGUUUUGAACACAAUAAUAUAGCCAUUUACUUGAAUCGUUAUUCUGAAAAAUGUAAAACAUUUAAGAGAAUUCAGGUGAAAGUAAAUGUAUACAAUUUUUAUUUCUACUCUCAGAGCAAUCACAAGGAACUUUGUGGUUGA